AUGCCGACGCAGAUCCGCUGCGAGCGUGUGCCGCCCGCUGACGGCAGCUGGGGUGCCCUCGACUUGAGACUCUUGCAGGAAGACGACUUACCUCUAGAUCCCCGCACGUGGGGGCGUGCGGAGGUGGGCGCGUGGGUGUCGCGGCGCGGCGGGCUGCCCGAGCGCUUCCCCAUGAACGGCAAGGCGCUGUGCCUCAUGUCGCGCGACAUGUUCGCCAGCCGAGUGCCCAGAGCUGGUCACCAGCUGCACCAGGAUUUCCGACGAAGAUUAGCAAAAGCAUUAGCGCUACAAGAGUUCAUUGAAAAGAUGUCAACAAAAUGA